UUUCCUUUCCCACCACCCAUCUCUUUCCUCUUCCUCCUCUCCUCUUCGGAAAACCCUAACCCUAAUAUUGUUGAAGAAAAGGGGAACGGAGGGGGGAGAUAGAGAGAGAGAUGAAGGCUAUGGAGUCCAUGACGUCGGGCUUAGGUGCUGGAUCUCUAGUAAACAACGGUAGCCACACGUCUCUUCUCGGAGGUGAGAAGGUCAUCAUCGACACGGAUCCCGGCAUCGAUGACAGUAUGACCAUCUUAAUGGCAUUUCAGACCCCGGAGAUUGAUGUUAUUGGUCUUACAACUAUAUUUGGCAAUGUUAGUACAGUGGAUGCUACUAGGAAUGCUUUACUUCUGUGUGAGGUUGCAGGUCGUUCUGAUGUUCCAGUUGCUGAAGGUGCUCACGAACCUCUAAAGGGCGGAGAGCCACGCAUUGCUGAUUUUGUUCAUGGGUCUGAUGGCUUGGGAGAAAUAGGGCUGCCACCCCCAUCAGGUAAGAAGACCGAGAGAACUGCUUCUGAGUUCCUUAUCGACAAGGCCAAUCAGUAUCCUGGUGAAGUAUCUAUACUUGCAUUGGGACCUUUAACAAACCUAGCAUUGGCUAUAAAAAGUGAUUCUUCAUUUCCUAGCAAGAUUAAGAGGAUCGUUGUGCUUGGCGGGGCAUUUUUAUCUGCCGGCAAUGUUAAUCCUGCUGCGGAAGCAAAUAUCUAUGGUGAUCCAGAAGCAGCUGACAUUCUCUUCACCAGUGGAGCUGAAAUAACUGUUGUGGGCAUCAACAUCACCACUCAAGUCGCCUUCACAGAUGCUGACCUUUCUGAGUUGAGAUAUUCGAAGGGAAAGCAUGCAAAAUUAAUCUGUGAAAUGUGCAAGUUCUACAGGGACUGGCAUGUAAAAUCUGAUGGCCUCCAUGGCAUUUUUCUACAUGAUCCUGUUAGUUUUGUUGCACUUGUUCGUCCUGAUCUGUUCACGUUCAGGAAGGGUGUGGUGAGGGUUGAGACUCAGGGCAUCUGUGUGGGACAUACACUAAUGGACCAGGGAUUAAAAAAUUGGAAUGGGCCCAAUCCUUGGUCAGAUCAUUCACCCAUAUCAGUUGCAUGGACUGCUGAUGUCCCUAAUAUCCUCACCUUCAUAAAAAACCAACUCAUGAAGCCCAUGAUUGAAGAAAUCUAGCCGUUCAUUUGCCAUGGGAGAUGUGCUAAUAUAUGUUGUUGUUGUAAUGAUUGCUACUUGUUUUUUAAUAAAAAGAUUAUGUAUUUUAUAAAUAAGUUGCAUAUAUUUGAUAAAUCUUACCGCUAUUCCUUCUAGGGGCAUUCACAUAUGUACAAC